AUGGCGCUCUACAUUUUCGUGCUGAUAACUGGGGCGCUGGCCCAAUUGUCGCCGAUUUCACUAUGGUACAACCCGUGGACGAUGGUCAACCAGCUGACGAUGCAAAGGAGCGUGGAUGCCGGGCUGGCGUAUAUUAUUUCGAUAGAAAAUCAGGCCAUGAAUAACACGAAUACGGCAGCGAGAUUGGUGAUGGAUAAGGCGCAGGAGGCGCAGCAGGCCCUCCUGGUCGCUCGAACAAUUACAGCAUUUACCGUCGAGCAACGCUAUCUAAUUAAUACAGCGGCUUAUGAAGCAAAUGCCGAGAUUGAGAGCACGCGACUCCAAACGAUAAAAAUGAUCGAGGAGCUGGCGAUGCAAGGAAAGCUGCUAGCCAACAUUGCGCGGAAUUCUUUGAUUCAGCUGAGGUCUAUUGGUAUCUACAACCAAAUCGCCGCUCCCACAAUCCGGCGAAAUUUGCAAACCUACAGAAAUGAAAUGGAAAAGCGAGCAGAGGAGCUAAAUAAAAUUCUGAAGAUCUACAAUUCUAACGUCGAUGCGGCCGUCUGUCGCAUGAGCAUCGGCCCGAACGGAGAAAAAGGUUGCGAUGCCUUUCCGACUCCCGAUAAGGGCCGCUCCCUCUUCCCUGACGAGGAGCUGUUCGCGCUUUUGAACCCGAAAAUUAAGGCCAUCGAAAUGCCCGAGUUUCGUGCAAAGGGGAAUUCCACCCUGAGCCAUACACAAAAUAAGAAAGAACAUAAA